AUGCUGUGCGCCAUGAUGGACCCCUGCUGGAACGCCGGCGGCGCCGCAUCCACGGCCAGGGGCGUGCCCGAGUACUUCAUCGACCGCGACCCGGCCUGCUUCGCUUCGCUCCUGGACAUGCUCCGCACGGGCGAGCUCCACGUCCCGGCCGGCGUCCCGGAGAGGGCGCUCUUCCGCGAGGCGAACUACUACGGCCUCCUCGACCGCGUCCGCGCCGCUCGCAUCGGCGAGCUCGAUCUCGAGAGGGUCCGCCUAGCCGCGUCAGUGCCACCAGAGCGGGUGCCGGUUGACCACCCGGUCGUCCGCGCGGCGCCCGACGGUGGGUGUUGCAUCACGCACACGUACACGCACGGUACCACCGCGCGGGUGUACAACUGGAUGCUGGAGCAGCGCCGGACGGUCUGCCUGACACCUGCAGUGUCGUGGGUCCGCGAUGCGGUCUACCUCGGCCCCUCCACGCUCCUCGUUGGCGGCUUGGGCUUGGCUGCUUUCUCGGCGCUUACCGGCGACCUAAGUCACCACUUCCGAUUACCAAACCUGGGCGAGAGUGUCGACCUUGACGCACUAGCUUUGGCCUCCGACCAGGAAACAAACAAAAUGUUUGCGAGCUGCAGAGGAAGAAGCCGCUACGCCGACCGCUACGGCAUCGGUGCUUGGGAGUGCAUCACCGGCGAGCAGGCAGGCUCCUUUUUGCACUUCAACCCCGAAAGCAAGAUGGGCAGCACCAACAAGCUUCAAUGGCUGCCAAAGACCAAGACGCUCAUGGCGGCCAGCGUUUGGCCGUCGUUUUCCAUGGCUCUGGUAGAUUCCCGGGAUAUGAGCGUUGUGUGGUCGUGGUGGUAUGAGAGUGCCUGCGAGGGGAAGAACAGACGGGUUGUGGAUGCAGCCGUGAUGGAGGACGAGAGGUCGGUCUGCUUGAUCAGUGAGCACCAUGAUCUCGGGUUACUCGACAUUCGUAUCCAGGGCAACUCCGGAAACGUGCAGUGGCUACAUCAGAGCAAGAUGAGUUCGACUUCCAAGUGCAAUACUUCAAAGCUUGCCGUGCACGGCGGACUGCUCUUGGCGUCCAAGGAUGACACCAUCUCGGUGUACGGCGGCCCUAAUUAUGACCUGAGGCUGGCGCUGCGUGGGAGCCAAGGCGGUGGCGCCAUUAGCGACUUCUCCGUUGGGGGCGACCGGCUCUUUGCCGUGCAUCAGGAGAACAAUGUGUUGAAUGUCUGGGAAACGCCACCGCCUCCCAUUAUCUAA